AUGAAAGUUCUCAUUGACGCUGGAAGUAACCUGAACCAUAUCAACAUGUCCAUGAUAUCAGCUCUGCGGUUCGCGGUAGGUCAGUCCUUGUUCUCAUGCAGCCAGGGUCUUGUGUAUCUUUUAGAAUCUGGAGCCAAGAUUCACUCAGAGCUUCACUACGCUGUAAUGCUGGGACUAACACAUGUUGUCAAACAAUUUCUAUCUUACAAAGCCCUACCCGAAGCAAUAAACGCACAUCACUUCAUUCCAUCUCUCCCAAACGAGAAGAACUUGUCACCUUUAUGUGUUGCUUUAAUUGCGGACAGGGUGGAGCUUGCAAAAUUCUUCUUAGACAUCGUUUUUCUGGCGGACAUCGAUCUGACAAUUCUCAAUCGCAACCAGUCGUUCAGGCGUUACCUUAAAGACAAGUCUCGCGGUUGA